CCGAAAACCAUCGUUUCAGGUUUACCUCGCGAGGCCGCAUCACGCGCCACACCUAACGAUUAAACCGUUAAUCCUGGUUUCCUCAGAAUGGAGAAGGAAAGACCGUUUAACUUCAAGCUUUUGGUGCCACCAAGGAUCAGUACCGGACAGGUGUUUGCAGUCAGACCUCAAGAAGUUACUCCACAUACCUCUGGCACUAUGCAGCCAGUACAGGCUCCCAGUAAGUGCUCUCAGAAAGAUUUGAACAAUCUAUUUCAAAAUACUAGUAUGGUUGCUUCCUCAAAAUCUUUCAAGUCAGAUGCAGCAAAAAAGAUUGCUGUAAUGCCAAUGGGAAAAGAAGAGAAAAUUUCAGUGUCAAGUGAUUUGUGUUCUAAGCUUUUGGAAGAAUUUGAAAAAAUAAAUAGCUGGAAACUUGAACUUGAUUCAGAAAUUGCACGAAAGGACAAAUUAUUGCACGAGAACAAAAGAACAAUUGAAAAUCAACGCAAAGCAAUUCAGGAGCUACAGUUUGAAAAUGAGACCCUUAGCAUAAAACUGGAGAAUCAAAUGUGUGAAAAUGCAGAGCUGAAAAACAAAGGCAGUGAAACCCAAAAUCUGUGUACUAUUCUGAAUGAUGCUUUUGAGAGAUCAGUAGAGAAGAUGAGUUUAUUUGAAUCUGAGCGGCUGGAAACCCAUGAACUCUUUAUACAAAACAGUGAAACCAUUCAGAGGAUUAUCAAUGCAUUUGAGGGCCUUCGUGAUCAAACUGAAUCUGAUAAAUUAAAAUUCAAGGAAGAGCUCAAACAAUAUGAGGAUAUUGAGCAGAGGUUUCAAGAGGAAUUAAAAAUGAAAGAAGAAGAGGUUGCAAUACUUUGGGUGAAAAUGAAUGACAAAGAUAACAAACUCCAAGAGGUACUUAAAAACUUUCGGGAUAAGGAAGAGGACUGCAUUCAGUUACAAGAAGCAGCAAGGCAACACUAUGAAAUGCUUCAAAUGUCCAAACAAGACCAUGAGCUGCUGCUUAAAAAGUUACAGAAAACAGAAGAAUCUCAAAAAGACAUUGAGGAAAAAAGGCAAAGUCUUGAAACUGCUUUACAGAAAAAGGAAAUGGAAUAUAUCAAAACUGUCGCAGAAAAGGACAGUACUCUGGAUGAGCUUUAUAAAAUUAAAGAUGAACAAAAAGGAAAACUUUUGCAAAUUCAAACCACGGCCCAGGAACUUCAAGAAUCACUGAGAUCUGAAAUGCAAAGGACAAAAGAUCUUGAAGAGGAAUUGAUGAUAAAAGCCAGUGAAUUAGGAGAAACAGUACAACAUAAAGUAGCAAAAGAAAACGAGAUAAAAAUUCUUAGAGAGGAUAUGGAUGUAAUGUCAAAAUCUCUAAUACUAUUAGAAGAGAAAUUGCAAACAGAGGCAACAAAGGUGUCACAACUUGACAUGGACCUUAAGAAUAAAAAUUUGGAAAUUUCCGAAUUAUUGAAUAAAGCUUGUAUAACAUCAGUUGAAAAGGAAUUUGCUGAGAAGGCCCUGAACAGUUUACAAGAAGAACUGAUGAAUUUGAAGGAAAUUGCUCAGAAGAGUGAGACCAAAUUGUGUGAAAUGGCAGAGAAGUUACAUGUUGCACAAAGCAAUGAACUACAACUUGCAGAAGAAAAUAAUCAGUUAAAAAAGAACAUUGAACAGAAUGAGUACAAGGAGGUCAUGGCAAUCUUCAACAAAUUCCAGCUUCAAAAUGAGAGAAUUACUGAACAAGCAGAAGGUUCAUCACCUGAAAAGGAAAAUAAUGCAGAGGAGGAAACUGAAAAAGAAAUAGAGAGAUUAAAAGAGGAAAACAUUCGACUCAGAGAUGUACUGGAACCACUGAAGUUAAGAGUCGAAGAACAAGAUGAAAAGAUGAUGAAAAUGCAAGAAAAUUAUGAAGAAUGUCUAAAUUCAUCAAAACUAAAAACAGAAAAAAAAACAAAAGCUUACAAUGAAUGCCUAAAAGCGAAUAACAAUUUAAAAAAACAGCUGGCAACAGAAAGAGAGAAAUGCAAUAAACUUGACACUGAGGUGAAUGAAAUUAAAGAACAAUUGAAAAAUAUUCAAAGUCUUAACAAUGACAAGCUUACGAAGUUACAGGCAGAAAUUAAAAUGAAUGCUGUGACUGAGUCUGAGCUGUAUAAGAAGGUAGAAAAGCUUAACCUUGAAGCGCAGGAAGCUGUUCGAAUCAAAGAGGAGACAGAAAUCAAGUGCCAGCACAAGAUAUCUGACAUGGUGGCCUUAAUGGAAAAGCACAAGAAUCAGUAUGACAAGAUGAUUGAAGAAAAAGAUUCUGAGCUUGAUAACAGGAGACUUAAAGAAGCUGAAGCAAAUGCUAGUUACACCUCAUUGGUGCUGGAACUUUCAGAGACAAAAAUUGAGAAUUUAAAUUUAAAACGGCAGCUUGAAAAUGAAGUGAGAGACAAGGACAAACUUAAACAGGAAAUUACAGAUUUGAACUUAAGAAUUAAGUCUGUGCAGGAGGACGUGAAAGAGAAGACACCUCAACAUAACAUCAGAGAAAUAUGUUGCAGUGCAAGCCAGGAAACACAGUCUUCAGUCAGGUUCAUGAGGAAAUCAGCAUUAUCUACGAAGAAGGCAGAAAAUGGCACUGAUAUUACAGAUUCAUUUCUGGGUCCUUCCGAAAACUUUAUGAAAACACCACCAAUUAAAGAGUCAGGAAGAGAAAACUUAAAAACUCAGUCCUGCAUUUCACUCAAAAAGGCAAAGACCACACCACGGAUUAAGUCAUACAGAAUACGUACACCACCUUCUACUGGAAAAUCUGUGCCCUGGAUUAAAACUGUCCUGGAAUUUGACUCUACAUCUGAUAGCUCUGAACAACAGGAUUUACUGAGUUUUCUUGUUGAAGGUGAGCCCAAUGUUAAGAAGGCAGGUGAUUAUGGAAUAUCUAUGCAUCAUCCAAAGAGUCCCACUGUGUCUAAAUCCCCUGGGGUGGCUUUGAAACUGGCAGCAGUGAAAAGAAUGAGAGAUGCUGGAUGGACAGCUGUAACCAGUGCAGAUAUGAAAAAGAAGAAAAAAGCAUCUGAAAAAAUUUUUGCUUAGCUCUUACUCUUUUACAGGACUUGAUGGGUAGUAUUAAGAUCUGACUAAAAUUACAGUUUUGUUUGUAUAAUGGCAGACUAAGAGUUUAAUCUCAUAAUUUUAGCAAAAUUUCGUUGAGUUAAUUAGACUAGUUCUUUGGUUCCAAUUAGUUAUUUAGGUUUUAAUGUGUGUGCAAGUUGGCCUGUUACUUGUAUAAUUUAUUACACUUCAUUUACAUUGUAUUUAUAGUGUCAUUAAUGUUAGUACUUAAUAUUAGCCAUAACUAUACUUUAUAAACCAGUUUUUAAUGUCAAAUUGAUCUUUAUUUAAAAUGUUCUAUCUUAUUCUUUAUACUUCCAUUUGUUGUGUUCAUUGAAUAUGUUAGCUUACUGUUUUAAUAGUGUUGAAAUUAAAUACUUUAAUGAAUAGCA